GGCUAAAGAGUUUUACAAACCCUAAACAAAACCCCGCAAUUCCUAAAGUGAAUAAGCCAUUACCUACCUUCCCAAUUCCAGUGGUCAAUAGGGGCGGGCGCGGGCGCAGGCGCAGGGGAGAAGUUGGUUCUGCUUUCCAUUGGAUGCCCAAAACCCUAAGAAGAAGAGAAUUGGAAGCAGUGGACCCUAUCCUUCUAGCCCUGAAGCCUCGCCAAGUUGUGCUGAACAUGAAGAAACCCAGCACCGACCACAAGCCCCUUCUCCUACAGGCCGUUGCUCACUUCUUGGACCGCAAUGGCUUCUCCAAGACCCUCAAGAAGUUCCUAUCUGAAGCUCAACUCCAGAAAGAUGUUUUGAAGUGUUCCACAUUGGAUUUGGAGGAUAUUUGCUACAAGUAUAUGGAGAUGCGGAAUACAGGAGUAAUCAACCAAAAUGUGCAAGAUACAAAGGCAGAUGACACUAGUAAAAGAGAUGGAGAAUGUGAUUCUACUGUGCAUUUGGAAACUCGAAGUAAGAAAAAUAAAAAAGGUAGUGAGAGUGAUAACAAUGCUGUUGUCAAUCAAUCUGGAGCCACAGCUAAAAUUCCGGAUUUGAAAAACUCCAAUGAGAUGAUAACAAAUGAUGCAGCCCUGGAACUAAAUGUAAGAUCUAAAGACAAGAAGAAAAGCAAGAAGAUUUCUGAUUCUCUUGGUCAAGGAACUGAACAGGUCAACACAGAAAUAUCAAAGGAACCUGCUGAUCAUAUUGUAUGUGAAUCACUUGCAGAGGAACCUGAUAUGAAAAGAAAGGAGAGAAAGAAAAAGAAAAGCAAGUUGGAAUCUGGAUCGGUGCCUGGAGCAAUUGAAGAAAAAUAUAAAGAACUGGUAUCUUCAGAAGAGAUUGUUGUCAAAUCGAAAAGUAAGAAGAAACAGAAGGAUGGUUUGGUUUCUGAAAGUGUUUUUGUUGGAAAUUCAAAGGAUCUUGAGACAGGAGAUGUAAAUGGAAACAAUUCUGAAAAAAAUGAAUUUGAUGCAUCACAUGAGGUUGUAGCUAAUGAGAGGAAAGGUUCCAAAAAACGGAAAAGAUUGGCUUCGGAAGAAAAUGAAUCCCAGGCUCUUGACAAAAAUGCAGUCGAAGAAUCCGAGAGAAGUGAGCAACCUGCAAAGGUGAAUGUAUCCCAAGGAAGUGAUAGAAGUGCUGGUAAGGCAAGUCAAGGUGAGAGUGGUCAAGUUAGUUCAAAGGAUUUUCAAAAGCCAUCUAGCAAAAAUCUUGAUGGGCAGGCAAAUGGAAACACUGAGAAAAAUGAGGAGAAAUCUGCCUUUCAUAAAAAUAAGAAGCAACGUAAUGGUUCAGUUGAGCCAAAGACAAUUACUGCAUUUCAGCGGGUAAAAGCUGAUGACGUGGUUUUUACUGAUGAGAGGCUUAAAGAUAAUUCUUACUGGGCAAAGGAUGGUGCAGAAAAUGGCUAUGGUGCUAAAGCUCAAGAAAUUCUUGGGCAAGUUAGAGGAAGGGAUUUUCGGCAUGAAAAGACCAAGAAGAAGCGUGGGACAUACAGAGGAGGGCAGAUUGACUUGCAAUCCCACUCCAUUAAGUUCAAUUAUUCGGAUGACGAAUGACCAAGUGUCACAAGUUCCUUCUUUUUCUUCGUUUAUUUUUAAUUUUUAAAAUUGUGGCAAGUCUAUCUAAAAUUUUGUAACUUCGAUUCCCUAGACGCUUUUGUGCUUUUAUCUUUCCUCUUUUCUCUAAAUCCAUUUUUUGGUUCAUUACAUGUUAUAGGACAAUGUAUUUGUACUAAAUUUUCUUAGAAAAUUUUGUUGGAAUUUAAAGAGAAGAAAUUUAAGAUUAAGAAUCUUAUUUCUCUUA